AGUCAUGCAGACGACAGCACACUUGACUUACCGCAAUAACAAUAAACAAAGGAACGACCGCAAAUAGUCGGUUCAGAGCGUUUGAGUGUGUCACCUCGCGUAACGGCAACGGCGAUCAAAUAAUAUUUUGGUUAUAUCUUUUAACGACUCGUAUGUUUACGGAGAGUAUGUGCUGAGGAAUAUCCAAAGAAACAAGACGAUCAGUAUCACAUUCCCACAGAGGGAUUGAGUAAGAACUGUUGACGUAGAGUAAAUAUACAUACAUAUUUUUAAACAGUUUUAAGUCAGUAUUUAUGAAGGAGACGAAAAUAAUCAAAACAGAAAGCAAAACAAACAAUAAAAUUUUCUGUAGCAACGAACCGUUCGAAUCUGCUCGCCCAAAAAUGCUGGACACUAUCGUUUACAUACCUACAAUAUUGGCGUACGUUUUCAUUCUUCUGCUCGUGAUCAUCCUUUGCUUCAUUAUGGUCUACGUCAGCCACAGAAUCUACGUGUGCAUCUACGACAAUCUUCCGGUGGCGCAUGCGGCUAUUUCCACCAUAAUGAGCAUGGAAUACAAGGACAAUCUGCCCAGUAAAAGUAACAGCGGCAUCGUCUUGCGAUCGAACGAAGGUCUGUCCGAUCGAAAGGCGAAAACAGCGCUGAGAAUUAUCGUCACUUUAGCACCGUGCUACCUAGCCUAUGUACCAUUGGACACUGAUAAACACAACAAGUCUACGGAUGAUUUUGAAUUAAGCGCGGACUAUCAAGAACAGAAAAUGAUUAAAUAUUAUGAUCGCUUGUCACAAAUACCAAUGACAGAUCACAUGUCGUCUUGCAUCAGCGAGCGCCAGCUAUACCCCAGUUCACGCAGAGUAGCAAGUCGCAAAGCAUCGUCAAGAAUUGCGGCAACAUCAAGAGCCAAUGCGCCCAUAAAAACUGUGGCCACUUCCACCACCAGGUUAAUUCAACUCACCGAUGCCACAAAUAAUUUCGGAGAGGUUGCUGCGUCUAGCCUAUCCGCUCCUACUGUGCGUCCGUCGGUCACCUUCGCGAAUGCCAUGAAUGCGCUCGGAAACAUCAAAAUCAAUCCGCCAGAAGAUCCAAUUUAAAGCGUUUGACUGCUUUGCGCGAAGAAAUUCAAAAAUACACAAAUUACUUACAGACAUGCGGACUAAUACUGUGAAUUAAUACUGCUCGCUUACAGCAACGCUGUGUUUACGAGGUUUAGGGUAUAAUGCAGUUGAAAACUCGUUUAUAUUAUUUCUAGAGCGAGGCAUUUCGAAGCAAUAUGACCACUUAAAGCUUCAUACAAAUUAACCACAUGUUUCACACACACACAUAUGCAUAGGUAUAUGUGUACUGAAAUAUAAAUAAUAUUGUAUAUAUUUAAGUGCAAAUGCACUCAUGCAUAUUUAUAAGUACGACUAAUGCAUGAAACAUUUAAUUGUAAUUUACAGUUUAGAUUUUACUCCACGAACACGAAAUAUUUCUCUUCAAAGUCCAAGAGACAUAAUCAUGUCAGAAAUAAUUUAUAUGAACUUUAUUAAUUACACCUACAAAUCCUUAUGUAUAACGGAACAAUUUAUUGAAAUAGCUUAAGUCGAGAUAAGCUAAGGUUGGCAUUUUGAGUUAUCCAGGGAAACUUAUUCGAGACUCAUCUUAAGGUUUUAUCUAAAAAUAAUUCCUUAGCAUUAGAAGCACAAAAUUUUGAGAAUGAGAGAUAAAAGUUUAGUUCACAGGUCUACUAGAAAUUAAAAACCUAUAUGAACUUGACUUAAGUUAGGUUAAUAUUUUCCCAUUAUAUUGUAUGUAACUGAACUUUGAAGCGAUUGAUGGCACCUAUAUACAAUAUUAGUAUAAGUUUACAAAGAAAUCUCCGAUUUAAUAUGAAACUGUUGUAUGAAACAAAUGUAUGACAAAUCUUAGAAAGGUGGUAAAUUUCGCUUUUAAAACGCUAUGUAUAUAACAGUUAUGUUAUCAAAAUAUUUGUAGAGUUAAGCACUAAUAUUACCUUUGUGUACAAGCAAUUAUCCAGUCCCAUGGCAUAUGUCUUAGCUUAACUGAGCGGUAUGUAUUUUAAAAUCGAGGUUUACACAAAAAUUGUGAUAGUACUUAUAUAAGUACAAACUUAUACAUAUUUAAUUAAAAAUAUUCAUAAAAUUAAUAAAUAAAAACUCAAUAA